CCGGACGGGGCGGAGCGGAGCGCGCAGGCCCCGGCCCAGCCCCAGCCCGAGCCCAGGCAGGGCCGCCGCCGCCGCCGCCGGGCAGCAGCUGGUGACGCAGGAAAAACGCCCCAGAGAGAGAGAAGCGCUCAGGGCCGGCACCCGGAGCGCGGGCAGCGGCGCCGGAUUUACCCUCCCGCUUCCCGCCGCAGCGCAACCGAGUGGGAGCCGGGGGAAGCGGAGCCGCCCCCUCAGAGCCGCGGCCUGGCAUGAGACACUGCCCCGCCGGCCGCCGGGCAUGAGGCAGCGCCCAGGAGGGCUCCGGGCCGCCACAGCAGCCGCCGCGGGACGAGGGGAAGCGGUGCGGGGGUUAUGCAAUGGUCUCUGCAAGAUGGCAUGUUCUUGAGUUGGAGCUUUUUAAGGCAAGCAUAUGCUGGUACUUCAACUUUACUAAGUGGACUAUAAUUUCUUCUCUCACAUCAACUACAUAAGCAGACAAAAUUGCAAAGAUCUGCCCUGUGUCGAGUAUGACAGCCACGACUCGUGGCUCUCCGGUAGGAGGGAAUGAUAGCCAGGGCCAGGCUCCUGAUGGACAGUCGCAGCCUCCCCUCCAGCAGAAUCAGACUUCUUCACCUGAUUCUUCCAAUGAGAACUCCCCAGCUACCCCGCCUGAUGAGCAGGGCCAAGCUGAUGCUCCACCCCAGCUUGAAGAUGAGGAGCCUGCAUUUCCACACACAGACCUGGCAAAGUUGGAUGACAUGAUCAACAGGCCUCGAUGGGUUGUUCCUGUAUUGCCGAAGGGGGAAUUAGAAGUUCUUCUAGAAGCUGCUAUUGACCUAAGUAAAAAAGGCCUUGAUGUCAAAAGUGAAGCAUGCCAGCGAUUUUUCCGGGAUGGGUUAACAAUAUCCUUCACAAAAAUCCUUACGGACGAGGCAGUGAGUGGCUGGAAGUUCGAGAUUCAUAGAUGUAUUAUUAACAACACUCAUCGACUAGUGGAACUCUGUGUGGCCAAGCUGUCCCAAGAUUGGUUUCCCCUUCUUGAACUUCUUGCCAUGGCCUUAAAUCCUCACUGCAAAUUCCAUCUGUACAAUGGUACUCGUCCCUCAGAAACAGUUCCUGCAGGAGUCCAGCUUGCUGAAGAUGAACUGUAUGCCCGUCCUCCUGACCCACGAUCACCAAAGGGUUGGCUAGUAGAUCUUAUCAACAAGUUUGGCACAUUAAAUGGAUUUCAGAUCUUGCAUGAUCGAUUCAUGAGUGGAUCAGCAUUGAAUGUUCAGAUCAUUGCAGCUCUCAUCAAGCCAUUUGGACAAUGUUUUGAAUUUUUAACAUUACAUACAGUGAAGAAAUACUUCCUUCCAAUUAUAGAAAUGGUUCCACAGUUUUUAGAAAAUUUAACAGAUGAUGAACUGAAAAAAGAAGCAAAGAAUGAAGCCAAAAAUGAUGCUCUGUCGAUGAUAAUCAAAUCUCUAAAAAACUUAGCUUCGAGAGUUCCAGGACAAGAAGAAACUGUAAAAAAUUUAGAAAUAUUUAGGUUAAAAAUGAUUCUUAGGUUGUUACAAAUUUCCUCUUUCAAUGGUAAAAUGAAUGCACUAAAUGAAGUUAACAAAGUAAUAUCCAGUGUGUCAUACUACACUCAUCGACAUGGUAAUCCUGAAGAGGAAGAGUGGCUCACAGCUGAAAGAAUGGCAGAGUGGAUCCAGCAGAACAACAUUUUAUCAAUUGUAUUAAGAGAUAGUCUUCAUCAACCUCAAUAUGUAGAAAAACUUGAGAAAAUUCUCCGGUUUGUCAUCAAAGAGAAAGCUCUCACUUUGCAGGAUCUUGACAACAUUUGGGCUGCACAGGCAGGAAAACAUGAAGCCAUUGUAAAAAAUGUACAUGAUCUCCUCGCAAAAUUAGCUUGGGAUUUCUCUCCUGAGCAGCUUGAUCACCUGUUUGAUUGUUUUAAGGCAAGUUGGACGAAUGCUAGCAAGAAACAGCGUGAGAAACUGCUUGAGUUAAUUCGUCGCCUUGCAGAGGAUGACAAGGAUGGUGUGAUGGCACACAAAGUGCUGAACCUUUUGUGGAAUUUGGCUCACAGUGAUGAUGUGCCAGUUGACAUUAUGGACCAGGCUCUUAGUGCCCAUAUAAAAAUCUUAGAUUACAGCUGUUCACAGGAUCGAGAUACACAAAAGAUUCAGUGGAUAGAUCGUUUUAUAGAAGAACUUCGCACAAAUGACAAAUGGGUCAUUCCUGCACUGAAACAAAUUAGAGAAAUUUGCAGUUUGUUUGGUGAAGCACCACAGAACUUGAGUCAAACUCAGCCUGUGCUCUGA